GGUUCGCGUGCUGCGCGUGGCCAUGGCGGGCGGCGGCGGCGGCGGGGCCGAGCGGCCCUACGACCUGGUGGUCUUCGGGGCCUCGGGCUUCACCGGCCAGUUCGUGGUGGAGGAGGUGGCGCGGGCGGCGGCCGGGGGCGAGCUGAGCGGCCCCCUGCGCUGGGCCGUGGCCGGGCGGAGCCGCGACAAGCUGCAGGCGGUGCUGGAGCGGGCGGCCGAGAGGCUGGGGAUGGCGGCGCUCGGCGCGGAGGUGGGCGUGCUGCUGUGCGACGUGGGCGACGAGGGCUCGCUGGCCGCCAUGGCGAGGCAGACCCGGCUGGUGCUCAACUGCGUGGGCCCGUAUAGAUUUUUUGGAGAACCUGUAGUAAAAGCUUGUGUUGAAAAUGGUGCAAGCUGCAUUGACAUCAGUGGAGAACCUCAGUUUCUGGAAGGAAUGUACCUGAAAUACAACGAAAAAGCUGCAGAAAAGGGAGUAUAUGUCAUUGGAAGCUGUGGCUUUGACUCUAUACCAGCAGAUAUGGGAGUACUGUACACCAGAGACAAGUUGAAAGGUACCUUAACGGCUGUUGAAAGUUUCUUGGCAGUAAAAUCUGGACCUGAGGGAUCAUGUAUACAUGAUGGGACCUGGAAGUCAGCUGUUUAUGGCCUUUCAGAUCAAGACAAUCUGAAGAAGCUUCGAAAACAGAUAGGAUAUACCCCUGUUCCAGUAGUCGGUGCAAAACUUAAAAGAAGAGGACUUGUGUUUUACAGUCAGGAAUUCAAAGAGUAUUCUGUUCCAUUCAUGGGAUCUGAUGUUUCUGUUGUGAAACGGUCUCAGCGUUAUUUGCACACACAGUUGCAGGAAACGCCUGUACAGUAUGCUGCUUAUGCAAAUGUAGGUGGUUUGGGCUCUGUUAUGAAGCUGAUGUUUGCUGGCAUUUUAUUUCUUCUUCUUGUGAAAUUUAGCUUUGGAAGAAAACUUCUGAUAAAAUACCCAGAGUUUUUCUCUGCUGGACGCUUUACAAGAAAAGGACCAACCCAGAAACAGAUGGAUGAAACCUCCUUUACAAUGACCUUUUUUGGUGAGGGAUACAGUGAGGGGCAAGAUCCCCAGAAAGGCAAACCAGAUGUAAAGAUCUGUACCCAAGUGAAAGGGCCAGAGCCUGGCUAUAUUGCUACACCAAUUGCAAUGGUUCAAGCAGCUGUGGCUCUGCUGGAAGAUGCAGCUUGUCUGCCUGCACAAGGUGGUGUAUAUUCUCCAGGAGCUGCCUUCUCUAAAACAAAACUGAUUGAUCGCCUCAACAAACGUGGUGUGGAGUUCUUGGUUAUUACCAAACCUGAAGUCUGAAGUCAAAGUUUGACUGCAUAAACUAACAUCUUGGUCUAAUUCCAAAAAAGCUCAUUUGGAUGUUAAUGCCUAAUUAUAAAAUAAUGAGUUUAAAUGUGCUGUUGUUUACAGCAGAAACAGAAGACAAAUUGAGUUAAGAAUAGUAAUAGUAGUUGCUAUAGUGAGUCAAACCAUAAAGGGUACUGAGUUUUAAUUCAUGAACAUACUAAGUCAGUGAUUAACCAAAAUUCUAGAACUGACACCUGAUCAAUCUCUUUCACCAUAAGUUGCAGAACGCAGCAUAAAUUUAAAAUUACUAAUGCCACUACUAUAAAAUUGACUUGACAAUUAACCACAGCCUUCUUCCAUCACCCCCAACUAUUUAAAGCAGGCAGGCCCUGGAUAACAAGUGCCUUAGCAGUUACUCCUCAUGCUUGUUUGGGAUAGGCACUGUUACUGUAGCGAUCUUAAUUUUAAAGCUUUAGCAUCCACAGUGAAACAAAAGUAGAGUUCUAAUUUUUAAGCGUUUGAGUGUUUUUUUUUCCCUGGGUUAUUUUAAAGAUCAACUGACGAUACUGCUGUCUUACAGUUUUUGACUUUCAGCCUUACUAGCUUUCCUUGAGUGAGCUUGAGAGAGAGAAAACAGAAGGAAGGGCUUGUCAGUAUGACCUCGUUGUAAUAUACAGCUAGUUAAAGACCCAGUGCAGUUUCAUCCUGUCAAGAGAACAAAUCAUUCUAGUAGAAUACAUUCAGUGUGCAAAGGAGCAUCAAGAAAACACAGUUGCAGUACAACUAUUCCAACAGAAUACUUGUCAAGGUAGUAACUGCAAGAAAUUAACCUGUUUGGUAUUCUGAACUGUGCUGAAACAAGCUCUGCAUUUGUCUGUAAAUAUUAAAUUACCUCUUGUAAGUCUAUACCUAGCCUUUGUAAUGUGGUCGAACAAUAACUGGCCUAGCAAAAAACCAUUUUUUUUCCUAUGUACAUAUAAAUACACACACACGUACGUAUGUACAUGUUAUCAGAACAGUUCUGGUAACUUGCAACUUGCUAAAAUCAGAGCACUGUUACAGAGGAGGCAUUUCAGAAAUGCUAUAGAUCAAAUCAGAUGUAAGAUCAAAAAUGAAUUCAAGUCGUGAUUUUUAAAGGACUGGUGAAUGGUAAACAAACAUGCUGCGGGAGUGGGUAAAACAUUUGCUUUGGCUAUGAUGUAUAUCCUGUGCUCAUUACAGAAUUUAAUGACAAACUUAGAACUUGCUUGUACUCAGCUGUAUUCUUAGAAGUGGCUCCUCAAGAUCUGCUACAUGCUAUGUAUUCCUGCUUCUUCUUAACUAUAACAGCAACAUCACUUUUAAGCUUGCAGAUCGUAGACUCCAGUUGUUUCCCAAAAUUGUUUAUCAGCUGUGACCGUCUCUCUGUAAAAAGACGUAGUAUCUGCAGAUUAUCUUCCUGCUAAAACAUAAUAAAAAGAAUGAGUUGGGAUCAA